AUGUUUGAGUCGGACACCCCCGCGUUCACCGGCCAUUUUGCCAUGGAUUUCGUAGUUGCACCAUACGACAUUCCUCAAGACCCGGAACUUAUUGAUCAAGCGAGAAAACAUACCCAAAAGUCAGGGUUGCCACCACGCACCUCGUUUUUCUCUCAGGAGGAAUUUGCUAUGUUGCCCUCAGAUGACACUAAGCCUAUGCUUGUGCUUCUUCACGGUCUGAGUGGUGGCUCCCAUGAAAUUUACUUGCGGGAAGUCCUAGCGCCUCUGGUGAAAGAAGGUGCCUGGGAAGCAUGUGUUGUCAACUCGAGAGGAUGUGCAGAGACUAAAAUCAGUACCGGUGUUCUCUAUAACGCUCGAGCUACCUGGGAUGUCCGCCAAUCUGUGAAGUGGCUCAGGGCGCAGUUCCCCAAUCGCCCUCUUUUCGGAAUUGGCUUCUCACUCGGUGCCAACAUCCUCACCAAUUAUCUGGGAGAGGAAGGUGACGCCUGUCAACUGAAGGCAGCCGUGAUUUGUGCGAGCCCAUGGAACUUGGAUAUUAGCUCUACUAUUUUGCGAAGCACCUUGCUUGGCAAAGAGGUUUAUAGUAGAACUAUGGGAACUAGUAUGAAGAAGCUCUUUGAGGCACAUGUUGAUCAAGUCUCCACAAAUCCCCGGAUCGACGUUGAUGCCAUAAGAAAGAUUACUUACCUCCAUGAGUUCGACCGAGCUCUGCAAUGUCCGACCUGGGGUUACCCCACCGAAGGAGCGUAUUACCGUGACGCCACUUCCACCGAUUCCAUGCUCGCCAUCAGGAUUCCUUUCCUUAGCAUUCAAGCAGAGGAUGACCCUAUUGCUUGCCGUGAGGCUCUUCCCUACCAGGAAAUGACCCAAACACCAUAUGGAGUCAUGCUGACUACAUCAUGGGGUGGUCAUCUAGGCUGGUUCGAGCUCGGAGGGGACAGGUGGUUUGUCAAGCCGGUGGCAAACUUCUUGAACAAAAUGGCUAGGGAAAUCGACACUAGUAUUCCUGGUGUUGUCGAACACCCUGAACGACUCCCUGGAAAUAUUGCCAGCCACCCUGGCGCCAACAAAGAGCCCGAUCUGGCACCUAAGCCCGAAUACGUCUCGAUGCGACGCAAACUCGCACUACCUCUGGGCCUGUAA